AUGGCAGAAGCUGUGCCAGAUGUAACAGUGCAAGCAAAACGCUCCAGGAGGCCAUCGGGUCCUCAUCACCAGGGGCAGCAACAGCUGAGGGAGGAAGGAGGGCUGGCCACAGCAAUGGACUUCUGGACGGGCGCGGAGAAGGACGGGCGCGGAGAAGGACGGGCGCGGAGAAGGACGGGCGCGGAGAAGGACGGGCGCGGAGAAGGACGGGCGCGGAGAAGGACGGGCGCGGAGAAGGACGGGCGCGGAGAAGGACGGGCGCGGAGAAGGACGGGCGCGGAGAAGGACGGGCGCGGAGAAGGACGGGCGCGGAGAAGGACGGGCGCGGAGAAGGACGGGCGCGGAGAAGGACGGGCGCGGAGAAGGACGGGCGCGGAGAAGGACGGGCGCGGAGAAGGACGGGCGCGGAGAAGGACGGGCGCGGAGAAGGACGGGCGCGGAGAAGGACGGGCGCGGAGAAGGACGGGCGCGGAGAAGGACGGGCGCGGAGAAGGACGGGCGCGGAGAAGGACGGGCGCGGAGAAGGACGGGCGCGGAGAAGGACGGGCGCGGAGAAGGACGGGCGCGGAGAAGGACGGGCGCGGAGAAGGACGGGCGCGGAGAAGGACGGGCGCGGAGAAGGACGGACGCGGAGAAGGACGGACGCGGAGAAGGACGCGGAGAAGGACGCGGAGAAGGACGCGGAGAAGGACGGACGCGGAGAAGGACGCGGAGAAGGACGCGGAGAAGGACGCGGAGAAGGACGCGGAGAAGGACAAAAUAUCGCAGGCGGUAGCUGUCAUGGCGGCCACGUACACGGACGUGCAGGACUGCGGCUGCUGCCCCCUCCACUCUGGCGCCACUCGAGCUGUCCGCGCGUCAUUGGUUAGCCGUGGCGGCGGCCUGCUGCCCGUGGUUGGGGACGGCGUCGUGUCCCUCUGCAUCUCUGUGUUGCGUGGCGUGCGGACGUGUUUGGCGUUUGUGGUGAGAACAAGUUGUCGGAGUGCAGUGCAAGUUUUCCGCGUGGGUAACUAA